AUGCCCGUGCGUGACGUCGCUCUGGGCGCUCUAUCGGGGGCACUCCUCUCGUUGAUGGUAUCCCAAGUGGUGCUCCCUCGUAUUCGUACGCGUCAGUUACGCUCCCAAGCCUCUUGUGGCACAGUGUAUCUCGUGGGUGCCGGUCCGGGCGAUUCCGAAUUGCUCACACUUAAAGCUCGCCGACUGCUUGCUAGUGCGACCGUCGUUGUAGUGGACGACCUGGUGGGGCCUGAAGUGUACGCUCUGAUCCCCAAGGACUGCGAGAUCAUCUACGUAGGCAAGCGAGGGGGCAAGAAGGACUCCGCUAAGCAGGUGGAUAUCGAUGACAUCCUAGUGGACAAGUGUCGCGCUGGACACAUCGUUGUCCGUCUCAAAGGAGGCGAUCCCAUGGUCUUCGGCCGCGUACACUCGGAAAUUCGUACUCUCAUCCGUGCUGAGUGCAGAUUUGAAGUUAUUCCGGGAAUUUCCUCGGCUUUGGCGGUGCCUGCAAUUGCGAAUAUACCAGUGACACACAAGACGCUCAGCACCAGCUUCGUAGUCGUCUCUGGCCACAAACCCGCGGAGAUGGACUUUGCCACACUUGCCAACGUGGAAACAAUUGUGUUGCUGAUGGCAACUCGGACUAUUGGCAAUAUCUGCGACAGUUUGAUCGAAAGUGGCAAGGGCAAGGACACUCCUGUUGCGUUAAUUCACUCAGGUACCAACCCUGACCAGGUUUUGCUACUUGGAACACUACAAGACAUCGCAGCGAAGACCGAUGGUAAGAAAUACUCCCCCGCCAUCAUUGUCAUUGGACAAGUGGCCAAAUACGGAAACUUGCAGGCGUAUCUUGAAGAGUCGGAUGACGAGUCAAUCAACACAGACGUGUAAACCACAAGUUUAAAACUUUUAAACAAUGAAAAUAUCACUGCAUCACUCA